UUUACUAUUUAGUAACAAAAGAAGAAUCGUAUUGUUUACGCGUUUAAUUUCUACAGAAAAUUAAGAAUAGUAGUUUUAUUUUGAUGUGAAUUAUUUUGGUUUUGAAAACGAACCAGUAGGAGUGUUAUGGAUACGUAAUAGCAUGGUUUUCUGUUUGCCAGCAGUCACAGCUGAUGCGUGCGGUGGGGUCGCAGUAGGCUCAGUAUACGUUAUUUGUGUCUUGUCGAAGGCCUCGCAUCAGUACACAAUUUAUUUUGUUCUGUUACUUCAGAUUUAAACUGUGAGUCGCGAAUCCGUCUUAUCCAUGGAAUAGUCAUUUUUAGCUUUGCAGAUCCCGGACAUCCGCUGAUCGUUUUGUCUACAUUUUUUUUUCUGGAUAGGACGUAAACUGGUUAGCCUGGACCCUGGUUAGGCAUUUGGAAUCCCCUCAUUCCCUUGAAUACCACGCUGGUCCACGCACCAUGAGCCAGUCUAUUCGCGACCUCCUGUUGGCCAAAAAGCUGGAAAUCGAAGCCAAACUGGCUGCGGCAGGCACUAGCACUGCUGCUGCCUCGGUUUCAGGAGUCGCAUCGGGAUCAAUUGCUCCAGCUGCAGGUGCCUCGUGUCCUGACAGAACAGAUAGACUAGGAGGUUUUUCACAACAAGGAAAUGACAGUAGCUCUGAGCGCCGUUCACCGCCAAACAGAAAAGAAGUUUCGCAAAUGCCAAACCCAAAUUCCUGCGUUUUAUCGGAAAAUCGACGCCGGAUUAUCGACACUUUGGCCCAGCAGUUCGUCCUUCAGGGAAGCUUCCCUCCGUCGACCGACCGUACUGAGACUGAACUGUCCGAGUUCCUUCAGCAGCCCAGCAAUGUUGACUCACUUGAAUACCAGUACUAUCAGCAGCGUCUGGCUGAAUUGCGUGCACAGUCGUCCACUUCGACGCAGAAAACCAAAAAGCGCGUCAGUCGCUGGGGUCCUUCCAGUGAAGAAGUUCCGACAGCGACAGCGGAUGUCAAACCAGUACCGUGUCCAUUAAGCGACGAGCAGCUCCAUCAGAUUCAGUUAGCGCAUUUGAAGCAGCAGCUGGCGUCGAAAGAUAGCAUGCUUAAAACGAAGAAAGUCGUUUUGGAAGAUGGGUUAGGCGUGCCAUCGCAGGAACAUGUUACGCGUGCAGCGGAGAUGGCAAAGACCAAGGAACUAGCCGAACAGCGGACAAAACCUCUGCAUGAGGGAAAGCAUCAUUUGCAGGAUUUCUUACCCAAAGAGGAACUGGCCAAAUUUCAACAGAAAUUGUCGAAAGAAGGAGCAGCCGAUGUUGGACAAUAUGAAGAAAACAAAUUGACGGAGGACAAUGUCGGCUUUCAGAUGUUGAAAAAGUUUGGAUGGACUGAAGGACAAGGUCUAGGGGCUAGCAGUAGCGGAAUAGCUGCCCCUAUUUCCAGUACUACUUCAAUGGAACGUGCUGGAUUGGGUGUGAAACGACCAGAUGAGCCAUCAGAAGAGGACGAUGAAUUUAGUUUGUACCGGAAGCGCAUGAUGCUGGCGUAUAAGUAUCGGCCUAAUCCCCUGAACAAUCCACGUCGGCCAUACUACUGAAAUCAUUUGCGGAGUCUAAAACCUGUUUCGAAUGAAACGACUGGAGCUGCAAAAGACUACCUUGAUCAACACUCUCUGCAAGUUGUAGUUUGUACAUUUAAGUACUAAUAUUUUCUCGGAGAUAACAUUACAGAACAGAUUUAUGAUGCUGCUUUACUUAUCGGAACAUGAUAAUCGAGAAUGAAUUCGUAUUUUGUUUAUUACAAGUAAAAACUCGCACUUUUACGAAAGUGGAUGAUGGCAAGAGCACUGGUGGUACGACUUAUGUGUGAAUGUUGCAAGAACAGUAAGAAGUAAGAACCCAACAAAUAAAACAAACGUAAACAUCCAU